CUCCCCACACACUCCCCCCUCCCCCGCCGCAGCCCCGAUCUGACGCGCCGGGGCUGGUGGGCUGGACCCCCGGGCUCGCUCCGUCCGUCCCGUCCCGCCGCCUGCCGCAUCCCCGGGGCCGGGGCCGCCGACGCGAUGAGCGGGGGCGCCUGGCCGGGCUGGCUGCUCUGCAGGCUGGGGCUGGUCCUGCUCUGCCGAGGGCUGCUGGUGCAGAGCCUGGAGUAUAACCAGCCGGCCGACAACUACACCGUGUGUCAAGGGGACAAUGCCAUUCUGAGCUGUUCCAUCGACGAGGAGGUGACCCGGGUGGCUUGGCUGAAUCGCUCCAACAUCCUGUACGCCGGGAAUGACAAGUGGUCCAUCGACCCGCGGGUCCAGCUACUCACCAACAGCCCGGCCGAGUUCAGCAUCGUCAUCGCCAGCGUGGACGUGUGGGACGAGGGGCUGUACACCUGCUCCUUCCAGACCCAGGCCAAGCCCCACACGGCCCAGGUCUACCUCAUCGUGCACGUGCCGGCUCGGAUCACAAACAUCUCCUCGGCCGUGACGGUGAACGAGGGGAGUGACGUGAGUUUGCUGUGCAUGGCCACGGGCAAACCAGAGCCCACCGUGACCUGGAGACAGCUGAGAGACGGGUUCACCAGCGAAGGGGAAUAUCUGGAAAUCACCGAGAUCAACAGGCAGCAGGCUGGGGAAUACGAGUGCGUCACGGCCAACGGUGUCUCUCUGGCCGACAGCAAGAGGGUCCUGAUCACAGUCAACUACCCUCCCACCAUCAAGGACGUGAAGGACGCCUAUCCCCCCAUGGGGAAGCCAGCACUGCUGAGAUGUGAGGCCAUGGCCGUGCCCCCUGCUGAAUUCGAGUGGUUCAAGGAUGACAAGCACAGACUCUUCGGGGGCCUCGAGGGGCUGCGGAUCCGGAAUGAGCGCACGCGUUCCAUGCUGCUCAUCGACAACGUCACCGCUCGGCAUUAUGGGAACUACAGCUGCCUGGCCUCCAACAAUCUGGGGGUCUCCAAUGCAAGCCUGCGGCUGAUACGCCCCGGUUCUGUGGAAAACGUAGCCGUGACCGGGAUGGAGUCCCCCUUGUUCCUGGGCUUGCUGUCGUCUGCCUUUGUGACUCUCCUGUUUAAGAUCUAGCGUGUUCGGCAGAGGCGGCGGAAGGAGAGGAGGCUCGGGCGGAGAGCGCGCCAGAGAGACCUUCUCCUUUCCGGGAGAGACGAAGAGAGAAAACAAAGAAACAAAUCCUAUCGAGAACCCCAGCACUGUGAGGGAAACGUGAAAAAAGAAAAAAAAACGACAAAAAAAAAUAUGCAUUUCUUUCUACGGCCAUUUCCCGUCACUUUCAUCCCAGACACUUCCAGCCGGACUUGUUCUAAAAGGACAAACAAACUGACCUGCAAAGACACAGGGUUUUCAAGGGUUAACGGCCAGUGCUUCUGUGCCCCGUGGGGGCCUCCGCAAUAGGGCUUGUGGUGAGGGGUUGUUCCCCUGCUCUGGGAGAGUUUGCGGUUCUCAGCUGCCGGGACAGACGAGCUUCGCUGGCUUUUGCAGAUGUUGGGAGCCGGGCCUGUCUGUACCACACGCAGUGUUCGAGUGGAGAAUUUCCCUAGUUUGGAGCUGAAAAAUUCCUCAGCGAACAACGUUUCUUGGGCUGAGAAUGACCCUUGUUUACACAGGUUUUGGACUCUGAAUUUCCUGAUUUCAUGAAGCUUUCCGGGCUGAGAUUUUCCUUCGCUCACCAAGUUUUCCGGGCUGAGAAUUCCCUUGGUUUACACAGAUCUGAGGCUGAAAAUUUCCUUCCUUCGCAAAGGUUUUCGGGCUGAGACUGGUCCUUGUUUACACAGGUUUGUGGCUGCGAAUUAAUUAGUUUGCAAAGUUUUGGGGCUGAGAAUUACCCUGGUUUGCACAGGUCUGAGGCUGAAAACACCCUUCAUUCACAAAGUUUUUUGGACUGAAAACCCUUAAUUCACAAAAAAUGUUUGCGCUGAGACUGACCCUUGUUUA